AUGCAAGCAAACUGGGAGACGCUCGAAGUAUUACCUUCACACAAUCUCGUAGUUGUUCCGGAAAGUAAUAAAGUCAGAGCACACUUGAAAUCACUGCCCUCGACAGAUAUUACUUUCGGAUCGAGGAUAGGAGAAUGUGGCAGCCUAAAUCAAAGAUGCAGAGUAUAUAUACCGCCUGAAAAAGAGGAUGUUAUACCGAAGCGUGCUGAUCAGAUUAUCAAACCACCUCUUCCGGACAAGUUGUUGGCUGAACUUUACAGAAAACGAGAGAAACAACUAGCGGCGAAGCCAAUAGAAACAUUAAUUCCAACAACCUUUCCAACGGCUCACACUAAAUCCCCGUGUAAUCCCACUGCCUCAUCUCCCCGCUCAUCCUCAUUCCCCAAUCAAAACAUGUCUCUGUCUCAUUCAUCAUCACACAAUCCGCCUCUUAAGCGCAAUUCAGAUACGGUGAAAGAUGAUGAGGAUGGAUUUAGUGUUUCUACAGCCGACAAAACGACAUGUCCAAAGAAUAAUAAUAAUGUAAUUGAAACACUGCCAUCGGAUGAAAUUAUGGAAGGGUAUUAUGUGAGCUUAACUGUCGAGCGAAAUUAUACUGCAGCAAAAUUUCCAAAGUCUGUUUAG